CACGUUCAGUUGCUCAAAGACUCUCGGAGUGAAGGGAAGAGUAGAAAUAUUCGUAUAACCGUUGUGUUCCGUAUCGUGAUUCGAUCGUUAGAUAUUGAAUUAUUCAUAUCCGAAAACGGUGUAGACCUGCUAAUGGAUAUCACAUUCAUCAUGCGGUACUUUUGGAUGAUUACGUUAACCUUCUCCAUGUUCGAAGCAAACGUUCAAUGUCAGACAAACGAUCGCCGAGCUUUUCCCGAUGGUUUCCUACUCGGAGCAGCCUCCGCAUCCUAUCAAGUAGAAGGAGCUUGGAACGUCAACGGGAAAGGUGAAAGCCACUGGGAUUUCAUUACUCACAACCAAUCGGAGCGCAUAUCCGACCGCAGCAACGGAGACAUCGCUUGUGAUUCUUUUAACAAAUACAAAGAAGACGUUCAAUGGAUUAAAAGUAUCGGGUUGGAUCAUUACCGAUUUUCGCUCAGUUGGACGCGUAUACUGCCAAGUGGUUUCAACGAUACCACCAACCCGAAUGGGAUUCGUUACUACAGGGAUUUGCUUGAGGAACUGAAGGUCAUAAAUGUGACAACAGUUGUGACCCUAUAUCACCGGGAUCACCCGCAGGCCCUGGAAAAUUUAGGGGGAUGGAGAAACGAACGGAUGGUACAGUGGUUCGAAGACUACGCAAAAGUGGUCUUCGAUAAUCUCGGUCAUCUGGUCGACAUAUUUAUCCCGAUCAACGAAAUCAACGCACUGUGCGCGGAUGAAUUGAACGAUACUUACAAACCUCGAGGGAAUGGUUUAGAUGACAUGGGAGAAUACGCGUGCAUUCACAAUGGUCUGAAAGCUCACGCAAAAGUUUGGCACUUGUACGACAAAAAUUACCGCGCAACCCAAGGGGGUAUGAUCGGAUUCGUGUCGAGCUCUCGUGGUUGGGUUCCAUCUGAAGGGGUUACCGAAGAAUCUAUUGAUCGAUAUUUUCAAUUCAGAUGCGGUAUCGUCAUGCAUCCCAUUUUCAUCGGAGAUUAUCCGGAAAUUCUAAAGACUAGAAUAGGUAAUAUCAGUAAUCUGGAGAAUUUGCCAGAGUCACGUCUUCCCGAAUUCACCGAUGAGUGGAAAAAUAUAAUCAAGGGAGCAACCGAUUUCUUGGGUCUAAAUCACUACACCUCUCGUCUGCCAAUAUUCGAUACUUCGGAAAAACUUGGUGUCCCAACUUCGGACAGUGGUAUAAUCGAAGCCGUCGAUCCAAAUUGGUCGACCGCAAGUUCACAGUGGCUGACCAUCGUUCCCGAGGGGAUCGGCAACGUGCUGCGUAAAAUCAGAGACGAAUACGAUAACCCGGCGUUAUAUAUUUUCGAAAACGGAUUCUCCGACACCGGUGAGACCGAGGAUUACGCACGGAUCAAAUAUCAUUACGACUACGCGUCGGAGGUGCUGAAGGCGACUGUGCGUGACGGUUGCAACGUAAAAGCCUACACCGUUUGGUCACUUCUGGAUAAUUUCGAAUGGUAUUACGGUUACACCCAACGAUUCGGAAUUCUGAAGGUCGAUUUCGACAGUCCGAAUAGAACGAGAUCGGAAAAACUUUCCACGCAAUGGUUGAGAGAAGUCAUUCGAACGAGAACCCUGAUCGAACCUCCCGCACCGAGCGGUACUCGAAGCGGAUCCUGCGAAUUUAUUCACGAGGAAACUGAAAAACUCGUAGAAAAAUUGUGAAAAUUUACAAGUGAAAAUAAAUUUGAUUUCAAUAAAAAUUUGAGAAACUAA